CUGAAACAGCAGACUAUGGAACUGCUUUGCUCAACAGAAGCAGCUUCCCAAAGGGUUUCAUUUUUGGAACAGCCUCAUCGGCUUAUCAGUAUGAGGGUGCUGCAUAUGAGUAUGGCAGAGGACCAAGUAUAUGGGACACUUACACUCAUAAAUAUCCAGAAAAGGUAAAAGAUCGUAGUAAUGGAGAUGUGACUAUUGAUGCAUAUCAUCGCUAUAAGGAAGAUGUGGGGAUCAUGAAAGGAAUGAGCUUGGAUGCUUACAGAUUUUCAAUUUCAUGGUCUAGAAUUCUUCCAAAUGGAAAGUUAGGCGGGGGUGUGAACAAGGAAGGAAUUGCAUACUACAACACCCUCAUCAAUGAGCUCCUUGCGAAUGGCCUACAGCCCUUUAUAACCCUCUUCCACUGGGACCUUCCUCAAGCCCUAGAAGAUGAGUAUGGUGGUUUCUUAAGUCCCCUCAUUGUGGAUGAUUUUCGAGACUAUGCAGAGCUUUGCUUUAAAGAAUUUGGGGAUAGGGUGAAGCAUUGGAUCACAUUGAAUGAGCCAUGGAGCUAUAGCAAUGGUGGGUAUGUAACAGGAAACUUCGCCCCUGGUAGAUGUUCUGAAUGGCAAAAGCUGAACUGCACUGGUGGAGACUCUGGAACUGAGCCUUAUUUGGCCUCACACUACCAACUUCUAGCUCAUGCAGCUGCUGUCCAAGUUUACAAGAAAAAAUAUCAGGCAUCUCAGAAGGGGAAGAUUGGAAUCACUAUAGUCUCACAUUGGUUCAUACCUUUCUCAAAUACAACCAAUGAUCAGAAUGCGGCAGAGCGAGCUCUUGAUUUUAUGUAUGGAUGGUAUAUGGACCCAUUGACAUAUGGAGACUAUCCCCAUAGCAUGCGAUCUUUGGUUGGAAAACGUUUACCCAAGUUCUCAAAGGAACAAUCCGAGAUGUUAAAAGGGUCAUAUGAUUUUCUUGGAUUGAACUACUACACUGCCAAUUAUGCAGCCCACUCUCCCCAUAACAAUAGCAUAAACCCCAGCUACUCCACCGAUGCUCAUGCUAAACUUACAACUGAGCGACAUGGCAUCCUUAUUGGUGCAAAGGCGGCCUCGGAUUGGCUUUAUGUUUAUCCAAAAGGAAUUCAAGAAAUUCUGUUGUACACAAAGAACAAGUACAAGGAUCCAAUUAUAUACAUCACAGAAAAUGGGAUUGAUGAGGUAAAUAAUGAUGAAUUAUCACUCGAAGAAGCCCUAGCAGACAAUGUGAGGAUAGAUUUCUACUAUCAUCACCUUUCUUUUCUUAAGAGUGCAAUUGAGGAUGGUGUCAAAGUAAAGGGAUAUUUUGCAUGGUCAUUGUUGGAUAAUUUUGAAUGGAGUUCCGGUUACACUGUUCGAUUUGGCAUAAACUUUGUUGACUACAAAGACGGAUUGAGAAGACACCCAAAACUCUCAGCAUUCUGGUUCAAGAAUUUCCUUAAAAAGUAGAAAUAUAUAUAUAUAUAUAUAUAUCUUCUCAUUAUAUGUAUUCUCUAUAAAAUUAGAUUAAAGAUCCAAUCAAUAAGUGUUAGCAUAUUCCCUUUCAUUAUAUAUAUUCA